UUCCGUUUUUUUUCAUAAUUCCAUUUCUCUGCUUAUCAUUUAACGCCGCUAGACUUCCGUAAAACAUCUGAGCUUUCCAAAAGGAGGAGUGAAGAAGCCCGAUAGUUUUCUAUUUCUCCGGCAAGCUACCAUCUAAAGGCCGCACCAGACGAGACUGGAUCUGGAAGUCGAGCUAGCAGUCCCAUCCACGCCACCACCGUUGAUGACGCUGCCAUUGCACUGUUGUGGUUCCAAGUCCCGAGCAAGAUGACCGUACAAAGCCCUCGCGAGUAAUAAUAAAUAAAUGUUUGCGCUGUGCCCUUCCUACUAGUAUGCUUUCUGCGUUUUAGGUUUGCGCUCAGCUUCCCAGGUCUGCGUUAAGCUUUGCGCUAAGCUUCCCAGGCCUCUGUUCUGCGCUUAAUGCUUUCUUCGAGUAACAAGGAGCCGAUCACUUAAGGGGGCUGCGUUUAAAAGAUCCUUAGGAUGAUCGUAUGUUAACAAAUUGCAGAAGUUUGAAAGGUAGUAAAGGUACUUGGUUCACCCAAACUACACGGACUGAAACUCUCCAAAUGUUCUUCAAAAGUGUGUUACGAGCUAGACCAAUAAUCACACCCCUCCAAAGCUUAAGCACGACUAGUUUUCCGGCCACCGUUGAGCUUGACGCCGUUCUCCAGAGGUUGUGCGUAAGGCCAACAUAUGACAAUCUCAUCGAAACCCUUUCAAUCUUCUACUCUUCAAAGUCAAAUGAUUCUCACUCCUACCAUGCUUACGCCAUUCUUUUCCACGCCUGUGCUCGACUGUGCUGCAUAGAUGUUGGUCAAGCUCUCCAUCAACACAUGAUUGCACACAACCCGAUUGCGUUCCAUGACCUUUAUACUGCCAAUCACCUUCUGAACAUGUAUUCAAAGUGCCACCAAUUGGACCGUGCCCACCAACUGUUUGAUCAAAUGCAUCGUAGAAAUGUUGUAUCGUGGACCUUGCUUAUUUCCGGUUACGCCCAUUGCGGGAAAGAUGAUGUAUGUUUCAGCUUGUUCUCCCAUAUGCUAGCUCUUCACAAACCCAACGAUUUUGUGUAUGCUAGCUUACUUUCAACAUGCGAUGGUUUCCGCGGUAGGCAAGUGCACACGCACACUUUGAAAACUGGUUAUAACACCUUUGUUCAUGUGGCUAAUGCGCUGAUCGGGAUGUAUUCCAAGAAAUUUGAGAUGAGUGUAUGCAAUGAUGGUAAUGAACCUUGGAUGAUAUUUAGUGAUAUGGAGUUUCGUAAUCUUGUUUCUUGGAAUUCAAUGAUAGCAGGUUUUCAUAAGAGUGGCCAAGGUGACAAGGCUAUGAGGUUUUUCAUAAUGAUGCAUUCUGAUGGUAUGGGAUUUGACCGGGCCACACUGGUCACUGUAUUUUCUGUGUUGUGUAAAGUCCUUGAUGAUCUUUCUUGGAGCCUUAAAUUUUGUUCUCAACUGCAUUGUAUUAGCUUAAAGACCGGGUUUGUGCUAGAUGUAGAGGUUGUGACCGCCUUGAUUAAAGCAUAUUCCUCCUUUCUUGAAGGAAAUAUUGGUGAUUGUUACAUGUUGUUUCUUGAAGUUCGUGGGUGUGGAGAUAUCAUUUUGUGGACUGAAAUUAUGGCAACGUUUUCUCAAAAAGAACCUGAGGUAGCUCUUUUUCUCUUCAGUCAGCUGCAUAGAGAAGGGUUGGUUCCAGAUGCCUUUGCUUUUUCUGUUGCACUAAAAGCUUGUGCUGGAUUCGUGACGGAAAGACAUGCCUCGAUGUUGCACUGCCAAUGUAAAAAGUCUGGGUUUACAGACUAUUUAGUGCUUCAAAAUGCACUCAUACAUGCAUAUGGAAGAUGUGGCUCAAUCACUGAGGCUAGGCAGGUCUUUGAUGAAAUGAGUUUAAGGGAUACAGUUUCAUGGAACUCCAUCUUAAAAACUUAUGCAUUCCAUGGGAAACAGAAGGAGGCACUAGAGUUGUUCGAGAACAUAGAUGUUGAAUUUGAUGCAACAACUUUUGUUGCUUUGCUCUCUGCUUGUAGCCAUACUGGGAUGGUUGAAGAAGGGACUAGGAUAUUUAAUAGCAUGUCUGCUAAAUAUGGUAUUGCUCCUCAACUUGAUCACUAUGCCUGUAUCGUUGAUCUACUUGGGCGGGCUGGGAAGAUUUUUCAGGCAGAGAAGAUAGUAAGAGAGAUGCCUAUGAAGCCAGAUUGUGUUGUGUGGAGUGCAUUACUUGCCGGUUGCAGGAAACAUGGUGAAUACCAACUGGCCACCAUUGCUGCUUCAAACUUGAAAGAGCUGGACAGAAGGAACUCGUUAGGUUAUGUUUUAAUGUCAAACAUAUACUUUUCUUCAAAUGAUCUUGAUGAAGCAUGCCUCCUAAGAAAGCAAAUGAUAGAGGCUGGAGUUCGAAAGGAGCCCGGAUUGAGCUGGACUGAAAUUGGUGGCAGGAUACAUGAGUUUGCUUCUGGUGGCCAAAGACACAACCUUGGAGAAACUAUCCGUGCUAGUCUUCAGGAUCUUGUUAAACAGAUGAAGAAAUUAGGGUAUACUCCUAUGACAACUCUGGUCCUGCAUGACAUAGAAGAGGAGCAUAAAGAGGAACAACUGUACUACCAUAGCGAGAAGCUGGCUCUGAUGUUUGUAUUGAUGCAUUCUGAUGACCCUCACUACAAAUCGGGUGUCAUUAGGAUAAUGAAGAAUAUCCGUAUUUGUUUAGAUUGCCACAACUUUAUGAAAUUAGCUUCAGGGCUUGUUCAGAAACAGAUUGUCGUUAGAGAUUCAAACCGUUUCCAUCAUUUUACAAGUGGGGCGUGUUCUUGCAAUGAAUAUUGGUAAAUUGCUCCGGUACUGCUUCCCCUAUCCGGUACCAUUGUGGUAUUAUUAGUAAAUGGCCACAAUAUUCGAAUGGUUCUACAGCAACAUAAUAUGACAAUCAUAAUUGUGCAACAAUACAGCACUGAUGUGUAGACCUGCUCUUUAUAUAAGAACCGUGUAGAACACCCUCCAUCUUGCCUUCCAGAGGACAGCAGCUACCAAGGGAAGAAGCUUCUCUUGGCUGUCCUCAGCUGCAUACUAUAAUGAGAAAGGAUCGAUUGCAAUCAUGGAGAGGAUUCCAAUAUCUGUGCAUGGAAGGAAAGGCUUUUAAAGUGAUGAAAUCACCUUCAAGAAGGUAAGUCUCUAAAAUGGAGAACACGGCUAUACAAGGAAGCAGUGGCGGAACCAGGGGGUGUGAGCAGGUGCCGGGCUUAUCUUCAUCCUUGCUGCUGUGCUGCCCCGAGGAUGGAGCGCACUCGUCCGUCAGCAGAUUUUAUAUUUUUUUAAUUUGGGUUAGCUAGGUUGCAAGGACACCGUUGUGUCUAGUCAAUAAUGGGGGGAAAACGUUGCUGCAGAAUCAGCAAAUCAGCAAGGUCCAAGUGUCCAUUUCCGUCCAGCAAGGCAGCGAGUGAACAACUUUUUUCUAAGAGAGAAAAACUAAUGGCACCGUUUCGCUGCAGAAGGCUUUGGAUGAACUAUGAUAUUGAUAUAGGGUUGCUGAAGCAGAGAAGAAGGCUAUAGCUACAGCGGUCAGCUGUAAUCUGAAAUUGAAGCUCCUCAAGCCUCAUUUCACAACUUUCAAGAAUCAAGUGAUUUGAGGUGGGACAUGCAGAAUCAAUAUUAAUUUCAGACUUGGAGAUUCUCCCUUGGCUUCUACUAUCGCUCAUUUGUGAGAUACUUACUAUGAGAGAGAAAGUAGGAGAGUUUUAGCCACUCAAUUCGUAGCCUCUCAUUUCUGGGUUCUAUCAGAUCCUGGCAUCCCCUGAAACAAAACGUUGGUUUCGCCACUGCAUGGAAUGACACUACAACGAUUCAAAUGAUGCACCCAAGAGCCUUAUAUAUUGAGAUCAAAGUGAUGGUCAAGUGGCGUGCUUGAACGUGAGAAAGAAUACACACAGAAGAUGUCCUUUGAAGAAUCAUAAGAAGAUCCAGCAACUGGAACAACUCAUUGAGUAGUUCUAGUCUUAGUUCUUUUCACUUAUUUGUAAAAGGGUUUUAGGAAUAGCUUUGUGAAAGCUUCCUUCUUAUGGUUGGGGUGUGUGUUGCUAGAGCUUUGCUAUAAAGCAGAGAGACACUUUACCCGCAAAGUAAAGAUACAAAAAUCUAUCUAGAGAGAAUAGAGUUGGUGUGGCUUUUCUUGUAGGGUUUAUCUUGUAACCAUUUCAAAGGCUUUUAGUAAAGGGUUUCAAAUGAUGGAUAUUCAUACAUAUAUCAACAA